AUGGGUCCAAUUGCAUCCACCGUGCGGGGGUGCAAGGUCUCGGAAGACGUGGUGACACUCAAGAAGAUCAAGGUGCUCCUUCUUGGCGGCCCACGAGUCGGCAAAACCAGCAUCUUUUAUCGGCUCUUGCGCAAUCACUUUGAGCCUAGCGCGUCCCGAGUCGACGUUGGAGUCAACAUUGGACUCAAGUCGAUCGCACUCGACGGUGGACCGACGAUUGUGAUUGAAAUGUGGGAUGUGCCGUCGACGCCGCAUCUCUCAAAGGACAGAGCGUACCUCGAAGGCGCCGACGCUGUCAUCUUUGUCGCGAGCACGACCGACGCCUCGAGCUGCAAGCACGUGCAGGCCUACUACGACGUGCUGCAAACAAUGUACCCUAGCCCUGAUCACCACUUCGGGCUUCCGGCGGUGGUGUUCCAGUCCAAAGCGGACUGCCCUAUCAAACAGCCUUUGGACGCGGGCGACCAAAUGUGGCACGAGCAGGUGCGACUCGACUGCUUUCCAGUGAGCGCCAAGACCAACGAAGGUCUUGGUAUCGCGCUCAAGCUCCUCUUGGUACACGUGCUGCCGCCGCGCGACGAUGCAUCAUUUUUGGAUGUCUAA